CCAUCCUCUCUCCUUUUCCGCAUUGCUGAAGCUCCAGAAGCCGUCGACAUGUCUCCGGCCCUCGGUCGCCUGGUGGCCCGGCUCUCAACCCGCUCCCCGCUGACCCGCAGCCUGGGGCCGGGCAGGGCGGUGCCACUGAGCCGGACCGCCGUGUGCUCAUCGUCCGGUGCCAUCCUGCCCAGACCCAGGAAGACCCCCUUCGGCCCUGUGCGGAUUGCUCUGGUAGUGCUGCCCUUCUUGUAUGUGGGGACUCGGAUCAGCAAGAACUUUGCUGCGCUGCUGGAGGAGCACGACAUCUUUGUCCCCGAGGACGACGACGAUGACGACUGAGGGGUCUGAGGGCUUCCUGGUAAUCAGAUCACAUUCCGUCACUACUACUGGGAGGAGUCUGAGCCUCUGAGCAGAUAAAUGCCUUCGUCUGCUGUUUUCAAGUUGCUUCAGUCUGCACUGUGUUAAUGGUUUCAUGCGGUUAUGGACACUGGGUUGGAGGUGAACUGGUCAAAACGUUCUGUAUUUGCAUGCACUACUUUAAUUGUAAUAAAAAGGAAUGACACGCUGA